UUUUGUCAUUCUUCUAACCUACCUUGUCUUUAAAAUGGCCGCUCGCUACCUUUUUGGUGUUGUUGUCUUCGUAGGUUUGUGCACCGUUGCCCUCGGUUUUGAGGGAAAAGCGACCUUCUACUAUCCGGCGAUGGGAGCCUGCGGAAAGGUCAACACGAAGACCGAAAUGGUGAUGGCCAUCAGCCAUGUGCAGUACGGAGAGCACAGCAACCCCAACAAGGCACCCGUCUGCGGCAAAUGCGCCCUGGUCAAGGCUGUGGACUCCGGCGAGCAGGUCAAGGUCAAGGUGGUCGACCGCUGCGAGGGAUGCGACAGUGGCUCCAUUGACCUGUCCCCGGCCGCCUUCGAGAAACUGGCGGACAAGGACCUCGGCCACAUCGAGGUCACCUGGAACUACGUGAAGUGCUAGAUCGUUUCGGCUAUAGCGGCUAUAAUUUCGAACAUUACAGUAACAACACUGCCUGCUAAAACGGGCUUUCUCAACUACUCUGUAGAUUGAAAGCAUCAUGUCUCUACGGCGUAGAUAUGCUCUUUGUCCACUGGUUAUUGCAGCAACGUAUUUAUCAGUAUGGAAUUUUUUGGAAAACACGCAUGUUUUGGCCGGUAUCACCAAAACUUCGCCCGUUUGCGAAGGUAUAGUAGGC